CGUUUCUGGGGCAUCCCCCGCAGGGCUGACGGUCAGACUGUGUCAGGCAACAGGAGAGCAAAAGACGGAUCCCAAACAUGGCUUUGAAUCGGAAUCAUUCGCAGAACGGCGGCGUUUUGGUAAACAACGGAGAAAGUGUUUUAAGGGAAUGUAAGAACGUGGAACUGACAUUCAGCGAUGUCACCUGUAAGACAGACCUGCUGAAGGGGACCAAGAAGGGCACAGUUUACCUCACACCAUACAGGUUGCUGUUUGUGUCCAGUAACACCAAGGAUUGUCUGGGUUCAGCCAUGUUCCCCUAUUAUCUGAUGAAGGGCUGCAGCAUUGAGCAGCCAGUUUUUGCAGCAAACUACAUCAAGGGGACAGUUUCAGCUGAGCCUGGUGGUGGCUGGGAGGGCCAGGCCCAUUUCAAGAUGUCAUUCCCCAGUGGAGGAGCCAUCGAUUUGGGACAGCAUCUUUUCAAACUGGCUACAAAUGCUUCUCGUGCUGCUCCAGCCCAGAAUGGUGCUGCCUCUUACGGCUAUCCUUCACCUGGAAUGAUGAAUGGCUACGGCCCAUCUCCACCUGCUCCUAAUGGCUAUCCUUACCCACCUCCUCCCCAGCAGAAUGGAUUCUACCAGGGGCCUCCCCCUGCUGCUGGCAACAUGGGCUACACCUAUCCAACAGCUGCUGCAGGAAUGUACCCAGCUGGUUUUGACUACAUGGCCCCACCUCCUCCGUACCCUGGGCCACCCCAAAAUUGGUCUGCACCACCUCAGAACUGGACAGCAGCAGCACCACCACCACCUCCAGGUAACUCCAAGGCGGCUGAAGCAGCGGGCAGCGCGUAUUACAAUCCCAGCAACCCACACAAUGUCUACAUGCCCAUGGAGCGGCCUCCACCAUAUGCACCUUAUCCAGACUCUCCUAGCAAGAAAAGCAACUGAGGCUCAGGCGCCGUCACUUCAAUGACACUCCUCUCUUCCUCUGUAUCGUAAAUAUAUUCUAAAGCAAGGAAUAAUGUUGUUGGAUACCCACUUUAUUGCAGAUUACAAAACAGAAAAUACAAGUAAUAGAGGGCUCAAAGAUGUCAGUGAUAAUUCACCAAUGAAUGAAUGAAUAUUUUGGAUUCUUGAAUAGCCUGCAAAGCAAUCACAAUAUUUAGCUACUGUUCAUUCCUUAUACUUAAGUUAAUUUCAAAUGAUUGACCAUUUUUAACUCUGGCUUUUCAGAGUCUCGUCAUUCUUAACAUUCUCAGUGAUGGGAUUUAUUUUAUUUCUGUCUAGAUUUCUAGAACGUGGAUAAGGCCACCUGGACUGUCCUUAUUAAGAGCUGAAAGUAGGAGGCAGCGUGGGGAAUGUAUUUUUUUUUAAAGAAAGAUUUAUUACCAUAACACUUUGUAGCAAUUUCUUGAUUGCAGUUCUUAUAGUUAUUAACAACAGCAACUCCUACUGUAAGCAGUAAAGUAUUUUUGCAGUAUCUUUGCAAGUACCGUGUGUGUUUCCUAUAGAGGUUUGCGUUGAAUAUUUGCUAUCUAUAUACAAAACCAGAUUUGGGUUGAAUAGUGUUUAGUAACACAAUAUCUGACUGAUCCUCAUAGUUGAAGUUUCCUUCAGAUAAGACCAAUGUGAUCCUUUAUUAUAUCAGUUAAAUUACAGUCUAAGUAAUUCCAGUUUAUAUAUGACCCGUGUCUCACAGUCCCCUUCAUAGUUCAACAUCUGUUAGAGGUGGUGGUUAUCAAAAGGAGCCGCGUAAGGUUUGAAAAAAAAAAAAAAAAGAGAUCAGAAAGAUUUCUUACAUAACAAGUCCAUGUAUGUGCAAUAUUUUAACCUCACAUCAUAAGGUUAUAGAUGACAAGCUGGGGUUGCCUGAAUGACCCUUUGGUCUACUCUUGGCUUUUAUUGUAUUCAUGUAUGCAAAGCCAAGCUGAAACUAGAACUCUUCUGUUUGAGUAAUCACACCAGUGUGGGGUUACAGGGCCACACCGAUAUAUUAAGGGUGUUUCUCCUCCUGUUGAAACUUUUGAAUGCGAACCAUUUAUUGCUAAUUAAACUAGGGUGAGGCAUCAACAGGCCGUGUAAUUGAAUCUCCCUCAGUGUGCAUCAGUUAAACACCUGUUUGAAGGACGAUGUGCACACAGUAUUAGUGGAGAGAGGAUUUUUUUGGGGGGGGGUUUGAGUUUUAGUUUGCUUGAAUUAAUCAAAUGUCUGUAUAUUAAUAUCUCUUUUGCAGUUAUUAUUCCUUUUGCUGAAUUCUGUCUUGUCAAUUAAAAUCUAAUAAAUGUCAUUUAUUAAAUUUCA